AUGGCUGGAGUGCUCUUGGCAGCCUGCCUGGAGGCUUACCAGGCGCAGGCGCAUGCCAUGCCCGAGGACGCCGAGUUCCCGACGCUGGCGUGGGAGGGGUGGAAGGAGAUUGCGGAGAAGCUGGGCAUCCUGGGCACGGUGGACUCGCCCAUCUUCCGGCAAGCCGCUGCCUUCCGCUCUCCGGCGCUGGCCGAGCCUGCGGUGCGCCAGGCCGUCAAGAUUGCUGUGUCUGCCGAUGCUGCCAGCCUCAAAGGCGACCACGUCAAGUUUGGUGCGGUGGAGGAGCGGCUGUGCGACAUACUGUCGGGCGGCGCCUCGCUGUCCCAGGUGCCAGACACGCAAGCGGAGGAGUUGAUGCUGCGCCCCGCCAAGGCCAGGAUUGUGCUGCGGGAGCGGCGGCGGCGGCCUGGGCGCCACAAUAGCGUGUCCCGCUACGAAGUGCUGUUCCACAGCCACCCCCACGAGGAGGGCACCUGGCUGACGCAGGGGGAGCUGCGCCGCCACUUCCCCGACACCUGGACCGAGAUGAUUCGAGACUAUAAUGAGCGGAAGAGCAGCGGGCGCCUGCUGGAGCCCAGCCCCUCUGAUGACGAGGGGGAGGGGGCGAGGGCAGCAGGCGGCGCGGGGGAGGCAGAGGCGGGCAGUGGCGCAGAGGCGCGCAGCGACGUUCGGCAUCCUGCGGGGCAGCAGCAGGCAGAGGGGCAGCAGCAGCGUGCGGCGCAGCAGGAGGAGGAGGGAGGAGCGGCGGCGGCGCCGCAGCAUCCUCGCGGGCAGCCGCCCCCGCACCAGCCGCAGGAAGGGGAACAGGCACGACGGCAGGCACCACAGGCGUCAGCGGGGGGCGCCUCGGUCCUGCGAGCAGCAGUACAGGGCAGGGGGAGUGGCGUCAGCAGUGCUGCGAGGAGGCUGAGUGCCGCCGGCGGGCGUCUGCCGCCGGCUCAGAUGCCGGUGGCUCCCCGCAACAUCCCUCUCGAGUCCCAGCCUGAGCAGGAGCAGCCGCUGCACGGCGGGCAGGGGCAGCCCCUGCCGCCCUCCGUGCUGCUGGCGGGUGUGCGCAUGCAGCCCGUGGAGCAUCAGGCAGCUGCGGCGCAGCCGUCGACCUUCUACGUGCUGCCCUUGCUGCCGCUGCAGGCUGCCUCCCCGCUGCAGCCGGCCUAUGGCUCGGGCUACCGUGCUGAGCAGGGGGAGGAGGCCAGGCGUUUCUUUGUGCAGCCGCCGGCGCAGGCGGCGGCGCCUGCCCCAGCGCCAGCCCACCACAACGCCCGUGUAGUGCCACACUGGGGCCCGCCCGCGGCGCCUGCAGCGGCGGCAGGGACAGGCGCUUCGGGCCCAGCCGCCCAGGCGGACUCCCUCCUCGCCCGGUUCUUCCAGCCCACGGCGCAGCAGGCAGGCGCGCCGCCCGCCUACGCGCCGCCUCUCAUGCGCAGCGUCCCUGCGCCGCAGCCUCCGCCGGGGUACGCGUCAGGGGCGGCGCCGCAGGCGCCAGCGCCCAUCCCUCCGCCGGGCUACCGUGCAACAGCUGGCGGCUAUGCCGGGGCUUCGCCGUUGCAGCCCCCGCAGCCGUCGCCGGCGCGCGUGGCACUGUCGCCCGUGUAUGGCAGCCGCCCCGCAGCAGUGGCCAGCUUGCUCGGAGGCGGGGGCGCCCCCCUCGCGGCGCCCCGGCCGCCAGCUGGCUACAGGUCACCUGGGGGCGCGGCGCCCGCCGUGGCGCCGUCGCCCGGCGGGCCGUCUCGUGUGGUGUCGGGGCAAGCGCUGUACCAGGCCCUGCGCCGCAAGCGGCCGGCGGCAGCUGCGGCGGAGGGGCCGCCUGCUGCGGGGCCGCUUCCCCCGCCUGUUGCUGGUGCGGUGCAGGCGGGCGAGCAGGCGGCGGCAGCAGUUGGCGGCGGCAUGGAUGAGCAGCAGCAGCCGGCCCCCAAGCGCCAGCGGAGGGCUGCUGGCGCGCCACCCCCUGGUCUGGCUGCGGUGGCAGCGGCCGCAGAGGCUGCGGCUGAUUCCGCCGUGGCCGCCGCCAUCAACACGGUAGCAGGGGUGGCGGCGGCAGCGCAGCAGCAGCAGGGCGAGCCGGGUGGCUUGCCUGGGUCGGGCCAGCAGCGGCUGCCCACGCUUGCGCCGGAGCAGGCGGCGGCGGCAGAUGCAUCCACAGACCAGGGGCCACCAGAUGAGGCGGAGCUGGCUUUCCAGCAGGGCCUGCCCAUCAUCGCCUCCAUGUUUCAGAACAAGGCCCCCAGCCCCUGCAAGCUGGACCGGCAGGGCCCCCUGCUGCCGCCCGGCGACCAGCAGGCGCCGCAGGCGGCGGACGCGGCGGCGGCAGGCGAGGACGACUUCUUUGAUGCUCAGGAGGAGCUGCAGCCCGAGGGAAGCCCGCGGCAGGCCGGCGCGGCGGCGGCGCCGGCGGCGCAGGCCCCAGCCCCGCUGCACCAGCUGCUGCGCACGCAGGCCGAUGAGGUGCAGUGGACCAACCGGUACGACGAGGAGGGGGGCGAUGGCGCAGACUCCCUGCCCGACACCCAGGCAAGCUCCCGCCGCGCAGCGGGCAGCAGAUCGCUGGCGCCUGCACUUGGUGCCUGCGGGAGCCUCGUGCCAAAUGCGCUGGUUGUGCAAGGCGGGAGCGGCGAGGAGGGUGGCGAGGUGGUGCCUGAUACCGAGGAGGAGCAGCAGGUGGUGCAGGCACAGCCCGCCCCCGCGGCACAGAGGGGGCAGGAUGAGGCGGCGCCACAGCCAGAUCAGGCGCAGCAGCAGCAGCAGGCCAUCCAGCGGCAGGACGCGGAGCCGGCUGCUGCUGCUGCCGGUCGAGGAGUGGCGGAGGUGGUGGAUUUGGCUGAGGAGGAGGAGGGUGAGGAGGAGGAGGAGGAUGACGACCCUGACAGCGACCACAACCUGGCCCUGCGCAUCAAGGAGGGCACGAUCAGAGGCGCCAAGACGACAGAGGAGGGCGUGGAGCUGUGGCUGCAGUGGGCAGACGGCGAGCGGGCCGUGGUGCCGGCGGCCAGGCUGCACUCGCUGGCCCAGGCCGACUGCCCCGGCUGCUGGUCGCUGCAGAAGCUGAUCCAAUUCUACGAGAGCAAGACGCGAGGGGGGAGCCGCGCCAAAAAGGCCCGCGGCGGGCGGUGA